GAAAACCUAGAUCCCCCUCACCUCGCGCGCCGCCACCUCCUCCUCCGCGAGGCGAAACCCUAGCCGAGGACCUCCCUCCCUCCCGCGCGAGCCAUGGCGGCCGCCGACAUGGCGUACGCGCCGCCGAUGAAGUCCGGCAAGAUGGGCUUCGAGAGCUCGCAGGAGGUGCAGCACAGGAUCCGCAUCACCCUGUCCUCCAAGAGCGUCAAGAACCUCGAGAAAGUCUGCGGCGAUCUGGUGAAGGGAGCCAAGGAUAAGAGCUUGAGGGUGAAGGGCCCGGUGCGGAUGCCCACCAAGGUGCUCCACAUCACCACCAGGAAGUCUCCCUGUGGCGAAGGUACCAACACCUGGGAUAGGUUUGAGAUGAGGGUGCACAAAAGGGUCAUUGAUCUCGUCAGCUCUGCCGAUGUUGUCAAGCAGAUCACCUCGAUCACCAUUGAGCCAGGCGUGGAGGUUGAGGUGACCAUCAGCGACCAGUGAUCAUCCAGUAUCUAACCUUCAACGGGUGGAGAAAUUCAGUGAACAGGAUGUUCAGAAAGUUUAUUAGCAUGCGAAACACUGGUGGAACAGAGUUUUUGUUAAUCUAUAGGCUCCUCGGUUAAUUCGACCCUCUGUUAUCUAAAGCUAUCAUAAAUCUUGACUCAUGUCCGUUCUGUCAGAUGUUAUAAAUGAUGAUGACUCGCUAAAGAUCUACAGGAUUUUGGUGUCAUUUUCUU